ACACUGCCGUCUGGUCUUACCAUGUACUCUGCCCUCCUCCGGGAUGGCAAGCCUGCCUCCGUCUUUGUGCACAAGCAAGACAAUGAAGAUAAAGUCAAUAAAGCUGCCAAGCAUUUGAAGACAUUAAGGCACCCAUGUCUUCUUCGCUUCCUGUCAUGCUCAGUGCAGGAUGGAGGUAUACAUUUAGUGACAGAACCAGUUCAACCAUUAAAACGGCUGCUAGACAAUCUUACUCCAGAGGAGAUCUGCGCAGGCCUCUAUGACCUGCUGCAAGCACUCGUCUUUCUACAUGAUAGGGGCAAAUCAAGUCACAACAAUGUGUGCAUAUCCUCAGUGUUUGUCAGUGAAGAUGGCCAUUGGAAACUUGGGGGGAUGGAAACUGUCUGCAAGUUUUCAGAGGCAACACCAGAGUUUCUCAGAAGUAUCCAGAAUGUAAGGGAAAAUGGUGCCAUUCCUCCAGAGGAGAAGCUUGAAGGAUUCAAAACUCUUCCCGACAAGCAUGCCCACUCCCGAGACGCUUUUUCAUUCGGGGUGAUGGUGGAGGCUCUUCUUCCACUUCUGACGGGACAUGUCUCAGAUGAUUUAUUGGAGAGUCUAAAGAACAUGCUGCAGGCCAGCCUCUUGACCCCUGGCCCCAUGUCUCGCCCAUCUCUCAGCAGUUUGCUGACCCACAACUUCUUCAGAAAUGACUUCUUAGAUAUCAUGAAUUUUCUGAAGAGUUUGACCCUGAAAAAUGAAGAGGAGAAAAAUGAAUUCUUCAAGUUUCUCUUGGACCGAGUUCAGAACCUCCCAGAGGAGUUAAUUGCUACACGUCUGGCUCCUAAAUUGCUCAAUUCGUUGGUGUUUGCUGAGCCCAUGGCUGUCAAAAGCUUCCUUCCGCACCUCUUACGGCCUAAGCAAGACUCGAGUGUGAGCGCUGGUGAGGAGUGUCUUCUGUCUUUGUCUUUGUAUCGGAGAUACGUGGUUCCUCAGCUCCUUAAGCUUUAUAAGGUGAACGAGGAGCAUGUCAGGAUCGUGCUUCUCUCCCACAUUCAUAUCUAUGCUGAGUUCUUUCCUCAUGAAGAACUGAAAAAUCUGAUUCUUCCUCAGGUUUUGCUGGGAAUGAGAGAUACGAAUGACUCACUCGUCGCUAUGACACUACAGAGUUUGGCUGUGCUUGUCCCGUUGCUGGGAGCCCGAGUGGUUGUUGGUGGGGAGAGGACCAAAGUCUUUAAACGGACUACGCCAAACUUCACCAAGUCUACAGAGGUCACCCCAGAGACAUCACCCGUGCAUAUUGUUGGGCCAAUCCAUCCCCAUGUCUCACAACCACCAAAGGUCCUAAAUCUGUUCCCUAAGGACUCGGAGGACAAAAAGGUGGUUUUAGAAAACAUGUACUCCUUCCAAGCAACUGAAAAGACCAGCGCCCAGCACACCACAGCAGAGAGAGCAGUAUUUAGCAGCGAGAUGUCGUUCCCAUUGAAUGGGUACAGAAUGGGCACACAAGCUGCAGACAACACGAAAACUAACAGAGCAGUGAGAUCCGACGAAGACUGGCCUAACUGGAGUGACACAGAGGAAGCAGAAAAGGACAAGACCCAGUCAGUCCAGAUUAGCAUUCGGUCAGCAGAUGUCCCAGGUCAGAGCAACUCCGCUGACAAUGAGGAUGAAAGCGAGGAACCCUGGGAUGAUUUUGAGGACUCAGAAGUGACCUCAGACCACUCGCCCUCGACUUCUUUACCAGUCUCUGUACCAAAGACAUCAACAAAAAGCAAGGUGUUAUCUCCAAGGUACUCAAAAGCACUCAAACUGAACUCUAGUGUCAAAAGCGCUCCAGAUCUUAACCAAACCUCAUCAUGGGACACCGGUUGGAACCAGGCAACUGACACCCUCAAACCCAGCAAAACAAGUUUAGCAUUAGAGCCCAAGCCAAAAAGCACAAUCAAAAGCUCUGAAGCUGAAUGUCUUGGGGAGGAGUUCACAAUUGCAGUGAAGAAGAAGCCAGAGCCAGAUCCAGAACUAGACUUCUUUGCAGACAUGGUCCCAGAUAUAAAGCUGUCUUCCUCAUCUCUUCUGAUCCCCGUGGAGAGCUCGGUCAGAGAACCCAUCACGGGACACACAACAUCAGACCCAUCAAUAGAUACACUGAGCCUCACUAGCAAGUUUGCAGCUGCUGACUUGACUGAGACGGAGGCAGAAGGAUGGGGCGAUGACCUCAACUGGGAAGAUGAGAACGCCUGGUGAUCAGUGUGGUCCUCUACAGAAAGCCAUAUGAGAGAGAUUCCAAUACAAGAACGCUGUUACAUAUGCCAUCAUGAUAUUAUCACUAAAGACCAACAUAAAAAUUGAGUAACUACGAUUUCCUCCACCCAGUUAAUCAGUCUACUGUCGCCAUAGAAAUUGAUCGGCUACAGAAAAAGGUUUGGUCUUGUUUAGCUUUUUCAAGAUGGCAUGAUGGACCUAAACAUGCCAAAUCAGAUUAGGAGUCCUUCAGUCUUGUUGCACUGAGGAGGGGUACAUAACCUGGAAAUACAUCCACUUCUAAUGUCAGUUUUUAUUUGUGCCAUACAGCUUUUUUUUUUUUGUUCAGUGAGCCUUAGAGGACAGACAGCCUCAACUUGAGAAGAAAUAUAUAGACUCUAAUUUGUGUUCAUUAGAUUGGGUGAGAGCCUGACAUAAUUUAUUUGUAUUAUCAGCUGCUGACUAAAUAAAAUGGUUUUAUCGUAUUUGACCUGGUUUUGGUGAAAUUUUGAUAUAAUAUUGACUACGAAAUUUGGUAAAAAAAAAUAAAAUCUCCCAUUGAUUUACGGCAAGGUCACACGGCCUCAGCAGACACUAACUGAGGCCAGCAGACAUGCUUGAUGGAUUUCAGAACUGUGUGUUAGGCCUGUUGGUCUGUUGCCAUUGGUCGGUGUUUGUUUUUACCCAUUGAACAUUCAAUCAGUUGGUCAGGUCAGGAAUGUCUGGACAGUAUGGUAUGAUUUUCUAACAAACUGAUGUAAUCUGGUAAUUGCUGGUGUCUAUUGGUGCAGUGUGAAUUAGUUUUUAGAAUGUUCACAAUUCAAAAUCUUAACGGGCAGCUAUGAUGCCACUGUAAUACUUAAAAGAUUAACUGCAAUUAGUCUUUUUAUUGCAUUUAUUUGCACACCAAAUAAAA